AUGGAUCAAUAUGUCCAUACAAAAUACACCGACAUCCUUCAGGAUUAUACUUACCUUCCUAACAACGAGGUAAUCGAGUUAGUAUCGAGGAAACUGACGCUUAUUCCCAAGGACUCGCCUGAGGAUUCUAUUUCUCAAUUGCUCGUCAAAGAAUUAGCGCUUAAGGUAGCUACUUUGGCCACGAUAGCGGGAGGAGAUUAUCGUAGAGGAGGACUCAUACGAAUGAUCAGGAAAUGGAGAGAUCUGCUGCAGUAUCUGGUAGAAUGGAGCAGUAUUGUGUCAAAUGAAUAUAUUUGUCAAAUUAUAUCCUUACUUAUAGAUCACAGUGACGAGAUACUAGAGAUUGAGGACAUUGAUGAGACGCGACUUCCAAAUUGGAGGUGUUUGAUUCCACAAGGUGGCAUCACCAAUAACUUCCGACAAGUGAAGAUCUUAGUGCUUCCCAGAUACUACCUGUCUGUUUAUUUUGAUAGGCUUGUGAAGCUAUUGGGUAUGGGAGAGGGUGGAGCAGGCUCUGUGGAUAAUCGAUUGGAGCUGUUGAUAAUGGACAUGAUCCUACGUAAUAGUCUUCCCUUAGGGUCAAAGAUUGAUCAGAAAAAAGGUGUGCUUAUCUUUGGAACUCUGGUAGAACCCCCCACUGGUCAAGCACAAAUGAAUAAUCAUAUUACACAAGUACAACAGUUGCUUACUGAAGCAGUGUCAUUAAUACCAUAA